AUGGAGACAUGUCGCCGCGAGUCCUCUCCUAGCAUUUUCACAGCCGGCGAGUAUCGUGACUGGUUAACUCGAGCACCUUCCACUUCAGCAAUAUACGAGCGCUUGAGACGAGGGCGAGGUUUCCGUCACGUGCAACCGCUUCCGAGGAUCGCACACAGCGUUGAGAGCUUACUGGAUUCGCUCCAACAGGAGCGGCAGCAUGGCCUCUACCCUGCAAAUGUUCCUGUGAGACGGUCGCUUUUAAGGCCAAAGACCGAAGAACUUACCUAUACCUCCCACAUAAACUACCCCCGCAAGUUUGGGUUUCACCGCACUGUACCCUUCCCCUCUCCCACUAAACACUCAGAUGAAAAGUUGCACUUGCUCACGCUGGAACCGGAAGAGUUUUAUAAAUAUAGACCACAGAGAGAAUCCAAAAUGAUGCCUCGUUCUUUAGACACAUUCAGCGGGAUGCUACGAGUGCAACUUCUCACGGGUCGGGGUCUGCGCCCCACAGGGCAGUUUGAUCACUUCAGAGAUCUGUAUUGCGUGAUUGAGUGUGAUCACGUGCACAAGGCAAGGACGGCAGUAAGAACUGGCGAACACAGUUUCGACUGGGACGAGAUAUUCGAGCUUGAUUUGGUUGAAAACCAAGAGUUAUCUUUCCUUAUUUACAGUUGGGAUCCUCAAAACCGUCACAAGCUAUGUUACAAAGGUACAAUACACCUCAAUAUGCAUAAAGAAGGGCCUGCCCAUAGUUUGGCACUGAAGCUGGAGCCACGAGGAACUCUCUACCUCAAGCUGCAAUUCACACAUCUCAGGCAAAUAUUGGAGAGGAUCCCGGCACCCACUUCGAGUGGGGUGUUCGGGGUGGACCUGGAAACCAUCGUCGCAAGAGAGAACUCUGGCUUGGGUGUACCACUUAUUUUAAAGAGGUGUAUUGAUGAGGUCGAGUCCCGUGGACUAACUACUGUUGGUAUCUAUCGCCUCUGCGGGUCGGCUGUUAGGAAGGAAAUGCUCCGAGAUGCGUUUGAAAGGAAUGCCUGGUUAGUUGAUUUAACAGAAGAACACGUACAUGACAUCAAUGUUGUGACCAACAUUCUUAAAGACUACCUCCGAGAACUUCCCGAACCUCUGUUUACGAAGAGUUUAUUUGAUAUGUUAUUGGACGGAAUUAGCGUUUGUCUACCUGACGAUCCUGAGGGAAAUGUUAAUUUAAUGUUUAACAUACUCGAUUGCUUACCGAAAGUCAAUAGGUGUGCAGUUCUGUGCUUAAUGGACCACUUAAAACGAGUGGUUAGUCACAGUGACAGGAACAAGAUGACCUCUCAAAAUUUGGCUGUUUGUUUCGGACCAGUUGUGAUGUGUCACGUGCUACCUAAAGAAAGAAGUGUCGAGUUGGGAAAGUUUAUUGACGUGUUCAGAUAUCUUCUGAAUAUCUGGCCUGCGCAUAGGGGUUUGUAACUAGUAUUUUUAAUGGUUUGUUUCUGUUUUUCAAAAAAUGCUAGAGUGCAUGUAAAUAGUUUAAAUGUCAACUAAUUUCUUAUACUACUUACCUUAACAGAACAAUUUCUAACUCAGACAAUGAAAACAGUUCCUAAUUGAAUAUGUAAGCUUACAACUUUAUUUUCAACAACAGUUUAAUCUCAUGGUGUCUACUCACUUACCAACGUACUUAGCUGUAAUUACAAUAAUCACCUCAACUGUAACUCCAUAUAUUCAACAGUAAUAAUUGCACUUCAUGAAAGG